GAGCAACGAAACAAGGCUGUUGUUGCCAAGUAUUUCGAGGAAUACUGGGUUAAGGGAAAUGUGAGCGUGGUAGACGAGCUCUGCUCUGAUGACUUUAUCCAAAGCUAUCCCAACCACGGACCUCGUCACGGUAAAGAGGGAGCAAAGAAGAUGUUGUCAGAGUUUAUGGAGGCCUUCCCCGACUUGACAUUUCGAUCCUACCAGACCCCAUUGAUUGCCGAGGGCGAUUAUGUGGCGGCUCAAUGGAUUGGCGGUGGCACUCACACUGGCCGUGCUUUUGACGAUCUUGUUGUAGGCAAGCUCGACAAGGCCAACACUGGCAAGAAGAUUCACUUCUCUGGCAUGACCGUCUUUACACUUAAGGAUGGAAAGAUUGUUCGCGAGAUUGCCGAGGAAGGCGGAUUGACUGUUUUGCAACAACUUGGACUCGUUCCCCAGCCAAACCCUGGCAAGAAGAUUGUUUAC